CUCCCCACCCGCUGGAAAUACAAGCCGGUCCUUGGCGCGCCUUGUGUGGUAACACGCUCCGCCGCGGCCACGCUAUUUAAACGCCAGUUAUGGAUCCAGGAACCGGCGCGAAUCAAUGAGAUCAAACGCGAGGGAGAUGCACCGUCAAUUACAAGCACUUGGAAAGUCUAACUUUUUUUCUUUUACAAAUACGCUUUUAAAAGCUACCUUAGCAACGCCCAAAUAGAAGCCACCUCUAAGCAAAAUAGCAUAUAUAAGGGAGGGCGAAUAUAUAUAUAUAUUUAUAAUAAGUAUAUGUAAAUAUUUACAGGCCUACAGGUUUACACCCGGUGAACUUUUUCUUUUUUCUUUCUUUUUCUUUUUCUUUUUUUUUUUAAACGAGUGAUAUCGCAAAGAAGGACUCUUCUUCCUCUCUAUCUUUUGGCGAGUUAGCGAAGGGGGUAUUUUAUUUUCUCGGAGCGCCCAAGGGGGCGCAGGGCCUUCGGAGAGAAGAGUGGGGAGGAAAGAGGAGCGCUGGGUGGGGGGCAGAGGGCGAGUCGGCAGUGAGGGCAGGCGCUUUCCUGCAGCACGAUGCCGUCCCUGCUGGUGCGGACUUUCUCCUCGUGUGUCCUGCUUGGCUGGGCGUUGCUAGCCGGCAGCAGGGGUGGCGGCGGGGGCGAGGUCCGGAGCGGCGGGCGCCGGGAAAGAGAGGCUCUGUCACCGCAGAAGAUCGAGGUGCUGGUGUUACUGCCGCAGGACGACUCCUACCUGUUCUCCUUGGCCCGUGUGCGGCCGGCCAUCGAAUAUGCGCUGCGCAGUGUGGAGGGCAACGGGACCGGGCAGCGUCUUCUGCCCCCCGGCACUCGUUUCCAGGUGGCCUAUGAAGACUCAGACUGCGGCAACCGCGCACUCUUCAGCCUGGUGGACCGCGUGGCAGCGUCGCGGGGCGCCAAGCCCGACCUCAUUCUCGGGCCGGUGUGCGAGUACGCGGCGGCGCCGGUGGCCCGGCUCGCGUCGCACUGGGACCUGCCCAUGCUGUCGGCCGGGGCGCUGGCCGCCGGCUUCCAGCACAAGGACACGGAAUACUCGCACCUCACGCGGGUGUCCCCCGCGUACGCUAAGAUGGGCGAGAUGAUGCUCGCCCUGUUCCGCCACCACCAGUGGAGCCGCGCUGCCCUGGUGUACAGCGACGACAAGCUGGAGCGGAACUGCUACUUCACCCUCGAGGGGGUCCACGAGGUGUUCCAGGAGGAGGGUUUGCACACGUCCUCUUACAGCUUCGAUGAGACCAAAGAGGUGGACCUGGAGGACAUUGUGCGCUACAUCCAGGCCAGUGAGCGAGUGGUGAUCAUGUGUGCCAGCGGCGACACGGUCCGGGGCAUCAUGCUGGCGGCACACCGACACGGGAUGACCAGCGGAGACUACGCCUUCUUCAACAUUGAGCUCUUCAACAGUUCUUCCUACGGAGAUGGCUCGUGGAAGAGAGGAGACAAACACGACUUUGAAGCUAAGCAGGCAUACUCAUCCCUCCAAACAAUCACUCUACUGAGGACAGUGAAACCUGAGUUUGAGAAGUUUUCCAUGGAGGUGAAAAGUUCUGUUGAGAAACAAGGGCUCAAUGAGGAGGAUUACGUUAACAUGUUCGUCGAAGGGUUCCAUGAUGCCAUUCUGCUCUACGUCCUGGCUCUACACGAAGUGCUCAGAGCUGGUUACAGCAAGAAGGAUGGAGGGAAGAUUAUCCAGCAGACUUGGAACAGAACAUUUGAAGGGAUUGCUGGGCAGGUGUCCAUAGACACCAACGGAGACCGGUAUGGGGACUUCUCCGUGGUCGCCAUGACCGACGCCGAGGCGGGCACCCAGGAGGUUAUCGGAGAUUACUUUGGGAAAGAAGGUCGUUUUGAAAUGCGGCCCAACGUCAAAUAUCCUUGGGGACCUUUGAAACUGAGAAUAGACGAAACCAGGAUCGUGGAGCAUGCCAACAGCUCUCCCUGCAAAUCGUCAGGUGGCCUAGAAGAAUCAGCGGUGACAGGAAUCGUUGUGGGGGCCUUACUAGGAGCUGGUUUGCUCAUGGCUUUCUACUUUUUCAGGAAGAAAUACAGAAUCACCAUUGAGAGGCGAAACCAGCGCGAAGAGAGUCACAUUGGAAAACAUCGGGAGUUGCGGGAGGAUUCCAUCAGAUCCCAUUUUUCGGUGGCUUAAAAGGAAGCCUUUUCUUUCGGCCUGAGAUUCUUUGAGGAGAUUGAUGGGAUGAAAGACAUCCACGGGACAGAAGGGGCUCUUGAAGAAGUCAUUCUUUUAAGCAUUUAGUCAUUUCAUUGUAAAAUUUCUUUAGAAGCUCAGGAACUGUUAUUAAUCAUCAUAUGCCUCCCGGCCUUUCAUCUCACGAUGAACAAAUAUAAGACUAUCAUGUCACUCUGUUAAACAUUCAUACUGUUUUAAGGGCAUAUGAUUUGAUUUAUGUGUUGAGAAUCUGAUGUCUCCAUAUCUUGAUAGCUUUUGGGGGCAUGUCACACAAGGCUAUAAAAUGUGGUUCCCUAAAUGAAAUGUUUUAUAGCUAGAAUAAAAUCAUUUUUACAAGUAGAAUAUUCUUAGAAAGGAUUUAACACCCAAGAAGAGGAAAAGGCAAUGAAAAAUCUCAAGGCUGGAAAUGCAGCCUUCGUUUCCCUAGAGCUGGCCGGCCAACCUGAGUAGAGAAUGGCUCUGCACGCUGUAUACGCUCAGGCCCUGACUUCGUAUCCUGAAAACAGAUUUCCUCCCUGCCUCCUUCAGUGUCCCGUAACACUUGCUCGGGGCAGUGGCAACUACCCCUGAGAUAAGGUGACUUACACAAAAAAAACAAAUCUAAAAUGGUUCAUUUUUUUUAAUGUAAAAAGGCCCUAUUUCGCACUAACAUUUCAGUUUUAAGUAUUUUAAUCUUAUAUUUUGCUAUUAGAAAAUGUGUCUAUGUUUUCAUUUUGGAGAUUGAAUUUCACUUAUAUCUGAAAAGCGUGGGUAAAGUGCACAGCUAACCAACAAUGAUGAAAGAGGCUUCCCUUUUUCUCCCCGUUGCCCUGUUCCCCUUGGUCAUACCCAAAUGCGAGUCGCUGUUUCAGUUACAGAGACCUAGACAUGUACUCAGAUCACACACUCUACAGGAGUACGUGAACCUGAGUACGUGUGUUACAUGCAAGCUGUUUUAGGGAUAGGCCUCUUCCAAUUCUGGCCAAAUGAUGAGUUUCAGGAUCAAGGGUGAAAUUUACUAGAAUUAAGUAGGAUUUUAUAAGGGGAGGCAGCCUUUUUUUCCCUCAAGAGAAACUUGAUAGAGAGUUAGAACUUGACAGUUGGCAGAGAUGAAAAAUUGAAAAAAUUCACACAGAACAUUUUACCCAAAUUCACAGUGAUGAUGCAGGUUAAGAGAGGAAAUCCAAAUAGCUUCUCUAUUCCCUUUCAGUUAACUCCAUCAAGUUCUGUAAUCGCCUACUAAUAACCUGUGUCACAGUCAUUGUGGGUGUGGAUAUAAGGAACUUGGACAAAGUUGAGUAAGUAUUUACUGAAUGUCUACUUUGCACCCAGUACUCUGCACAUCGCUUGGAAUUCAGGUUGCCACUUUGAUUUAUGACUUGUGGAGAAAACAGAGGGUGAGGGAAGAGGGAGACGUCGCAGGGUUAGCAUACCACCUUGUAAUUCUGUCACUCGGCCCUUGAUAACAUUCUGAGCACCUGGAAGAUAGUUUUAAACAUCAUCUUGAUGUCCGCAGAAGACCCUGUGUAAAUAGGGGAGCUUGAGCAGCUCCUCCGUCGUGGUGGUCGUAGUCCGCACAGGUAGCAACGGAGGCAGAUGAGUCAAAGCUGUGUAUCUUGGAAGCUGGCCCCAGAUUGCUUCCUGGAAGAGUCGGCUUCUGUCACCCCUCCUUCAGCCAGUCAAAGUGAAUGGAUUAUUUCGGGGUGAAGUAUGUCCCUUUUAUAGUUUAGGAAUGUUCUGCAGGCAGCUGGAGGAUGUAAUCAAACAAUUAGUGAUGAUCAACUGAAACAGCUAGGUGGUAGUUGUCCAUGUUAGAGGCACAGGAAGAAGUACUGAAUUCAGAAAGGAUGGAAAAAAAGAAGGCGAGAAAGGCAAGCUGCAGCGAUUCUAACGCAGAAAGAGCACGCGUGGGAAGCAACCUUCAGGAAAGCAGAGCAUUUAACCGUUCAGGAUCCUCAAACCGAAAACAGAAUGGAAGGUUUGCAUCCAGUUUAUUUUUUAUGAAUUGAGAACUUACUUCUCUGUAGUGUUUAUUUUUUAGUGAUGUUUUUCAUAUAUUUUAGAAAUAUUCAUUUUCUUUUAUCUCAUCUUUGUAAAAAAAACAUUUAAAUUUUGAGCCUAUGUGCUUAUUUCAGGGGGAAAAACACUACCUGGUUGCAGUCCUUGCGUUUAAACAUUUCUAACCUUUCUCCCAUCUAUAUAAGGAAGGGCCCAUGAACUCGAACAUUUUUACAGCAAAUAUCUUUUAUUUCUACUUUAGGUAGAGGAAUACUUCUAGACCUAUACUGUUAUCUCCAGAUAAAAUUGUAAAAAUAAGUGAGAACGGAGUCUUACAAAUGGCAUGUAAAUCAUGAGCUUUCUCAUGUAUGGAUGCCAUGCUCUUUCGAUCUCCAAGCAAUUCUACGCUUCUUAAGGUUGAUUGUUUAUGUCUGCUGUCUGUUAUUUCUUCCUUGAAAUCAUCACAUGAGUACCACCAAACCUCUCUUACAUUUUGAAAACUCCAUUCAGUUGGAAAUCUUUGCUCAAAGUGUAGGUGUUUGGCCCAAGGUUACCCUGGGUUCAGACCUGUGGAGAUCAACAUUUUGGAGUUAAGUUCCUAACUGCUAAGCAACAUCUUUGACAACUAGUCAUUUAUACUCCGCCAGUAGCCAUAUAUCAUACAGAAAAAUAAAUAGGCCUUUAGUUCUUAAGUCAUUCUAUAAAUUUUCACCCUGAAGCCCAGGGUGUUCAGGUUUAGAAAGAGAUACUUCAUCGGUAUUUUCUCAUCUGGCCAAACACCGGCUGACGUGGAGACAGGUCAAAGUACGUACUUUUUGUACAUACCCACGGUGUUGGAAAUAAGUGUAGGUUUUAUGAUCAUCGCUGUCACCUUCUCAGAUUUUUUUUCCCCUGGACUCAGAAAACACUUUCUGUUUAGAGUGCAUAUCUUCCCCCAGACUGACCGCAGGUUCCACGAGGAAGCCCCUGUAAACACCAUGUUUCUUGGAAGAACCAUUAGCUUGUCCUCUCCUGAACCACAGACAUGGUUCCACAGGCUUUAAAAUGGUUCUUUACAUUUCAGAAGCGAUAUUGAGUGGAGGGAGGAGAGGAAUAGAUGGGAACGAAUUCCUGAAAUUCAAAGACUUUAUGUCCAGACACUGCUCCCUAUUCACAGGCUUCUAGGGUCAUAAACUUCUUCCAGGCACCUGUGCGGUCCUUGCCCCGAACUCACCGCUUUCCUCCUGGUUGCCGUGGGUUGGGGAGAGUAAUACAGGCCGCGGGCAGUGAAAUGAAGGCCAUGGUGAAGACCUCAUACAGACGGGGACAGGAAUUCGGGGAGUAGGUUCCAGGGGCAUCCCCUUCUUGUGAGUGAGUGUACAGUGGCUAUCUGUGGAAGGGUCCCUAGAGGACAAACAGAAUGGCAUGCACCGGUGUUUUGGGAGAGCUUAUAAAUGAAAGGCACGCCUACCCAUGUUUCUCGGGACACAAAGAACUUAGAUGCUGAGUUCAUGCAGUCAGAAAGUCGAAUGACAAUCAAAAUUAAGUCCUUGGAUCUACGUUUCAUGGGUUUGUUCAGUGAUGCCCUGUGGUUGAAUGCUUCACGAGGAAGCUGGUAGUGAACUGAACUUCUUUUUCCGUGGAAAGACACUGAAAUUGUCUUAAAAACAUGGCAUAUGUUUUAGGGGCAGCGUGGCAGCGGAGAACGAGAUGGCGCUGUGCAGGGGAUCUGUUUCUUUUCCAGCCGGUCUGUAGGAGUUCGGGAUAACCAAUCAUUUAGUCCCUCUUCAACAGCCAGGCUCCACAAGAAGGUUAGGCCACACCCAGCGAGAAGAAUCAGGAGCUCGAAUGUCCAAAUGCAACAGAAGAGGGUACAAGGGCAAGCUGCCACCACGGCCUCCCCUCCCCUUCCUCCCACCGCUACUCACCUUCCACUGUGGCUCCAAAAAUGCGUCAGCAUCUUGCCCACGCAGGCGGAAACUGGCAGUGGGACUGCCGCGCUUCCACAGAGGGAAAGAAGACAGCACGGUGAUGGCUGUGGGAAUGGAGCUGGCUUGUGGUCAGAACCCUUACGUUUGCUUGACCACACACGCCCUUGGGGCGGUUCAAGCCCGUGAUGUGCAUGGACUCCAAGAAACCUGGCUUUGAUUUUCGGCGUGUUGAUCUCCCAGGCAUCUCUUGCAGGCACACCCCACAGCUAGACUCCAGGGUCAGAGUGACUUUCCAAAGUUGCUGAAUUGGAGUUUGUUCAGAUUUCUCAUUAACCACUAAUGUUAAUUCAUACCGAAGGCAAAGCAAUUCUAACGGAGCUGAUGCUGUUUAUGUUCAUGUUUUAAGCUGCUUCAAACACAGGGGAAGGGUUUCCAGGGGAGCUGAGUCUCAGAAGUAAAAAUCCAUGUGUUACACUAGCUCUUUGAUGUGUCAGGUGUAGGAUGAUUCCUGCAGCAGAGAUUUGAACAAGCAGAAUUAAGACUUGGCAAAAAAAAUAAAAGCUGCAUUGCUCUGAUUCACAUGUUUAAAGACCUAAAUUUCUGUGCAACAAGGAAUAAGGGGCCCAUUCACCAAGGGUAAGUCACAGCAUAGGCUACCAAAUUGUUUUUUUUAUUUGCCAGGAGAGCAAAGCUGUCAUAGCACAUAGUAAUAGGGCAGAGAAGGUUGAGAAAGGAAAUUUUGGAUUUUGAAGCAGGAUGUCCCAUAUGUUAUUCAAUACCAAAUCUGAGCAUGUUCACUGUGGUGUGUCUUACUUACAAAGGAGCAAUGGGGUGCCCUCGACAGCCUGGAGAGGCUGUGAGUUUGCAGACCUCUCUGCUGGGUCCUGGGAGUCUGAGCUUCGUUCCCUGUGCACGGUGGCUAGGUGGAACCGAGGGGGUUCGGUGUAGACACGGUGGAGGAGUCUUCGGGGCCGCACUAGUCAUUGUUAAUUUAAGUACAAACCUACCGUGAGUCUGGUAGAAACGAAGCAAGAGCUGCACAAGCUACAUACAAUUUAUUAUUCUAAUGUAAGUAGAACUAUCUGCAUAUAAUGUGAUUUAAUUUAUUGUGUUGUGUAGAAAAUGAGAAUUAAUGACUGUGGAUAUAACCCUUGUUUUGUAUAAUAUAUUUUAUUUCUGAUGCAAACUGGUCAUUUAAAGCAUCUACUUCAUUUGGUGUUUGGAGAUAAAUGUGUAUGUGUUCUUGUACAUGUUUCUAUUCAGCAAGAAUACCACAUGCUCACAGUAUACCGAUGUGUUCUCAUUAAAAGAUACAUCCCA